AUGGUGGAUGGGCUUGUGAGAAGCCAUGCUAGUGUCUUCUCAGGAACCUACCUGAAUGGCAAGGAAGCUGUUCCAGCUCUAGAAGCGCUACGGGAUAUUACUGUGCCGCAGCCGGGCCCGACUGUAACCAACCCUGCUUGGUCUACGGCAGACGCAGCACUCCGCCGCCGGUGGGACGAUGAAGUCUGGUCUAUCUUUGAUGGCAUUUUCACCUCGGCAGCCUUGGGCGUCCGAAAACCCAGUUUACGUUUUUAUCGGCACGUACUACGGGCCACAAGGGCAGUUCCUCGUCGGACCUUCUUCGUGGAUGACCGACCUGAAAACGUACUCGCGGCGAUCUCUCUGGGAAUGAGAGGAACGUUUGACACCUCCGCGCUAUAUCGGACACUCACUAACGUUGUCGGUGAUCCUGUGACACGCGGACUAGCAUUCUUGCGACUUCAGAAAGGGCAUUUCCCUACAACUACACAACAUAACGAGACAAUCAACGAAAACUACGCUCCGCUUCUAAUCCUUGAGGCGAGUCUGGUGAACCUCAAAGCCCCGCCCCGCCUUUGGAACUUCUUCAGUGGCGAGCCCAAAUACACGAGUGACAGCUACCCUGACGACUUAGACACAACCUCCCUCGGCUUCCUAACGAUACCUCCUGACUCGGAGAUAGUCCACUCCGUCCUAGAUGAGAUGCACGACUACGUAGAUGAGGACGGUAUUCCGCAGGCAUACUUCGACAAAUCGCGGCCACGAGUCGACGCGGUCAUAGCGCUCAAUGUGUUGACCCUGUUUCACAAAUACGGGCGCGGUCAUGAGCUCCCCCAUACAGCAGAGUGGAUGACCAGCAUCCUACUGAACAGGGCGUAUGUGAAGGGGACGCGCUACUACGCCAACGCCGAGUGGUUCCUCUAUUAUAUGACGCGUCUCCUCCGUGCGUCAAGCGAUCAAACCCUCAAGGAAAGGAUCGAAUCGCCGCUUCGAGAGCGUGUCGCUGAGCGGAUUGGCGCUCCGGGCGAUGCAUUCUGUCUCGGGAUGCGACUGUUGGCGUGCAACUACCUUGGUUUGGAGAACCACCCGGACCGCCAAACCCUUGCAGAUUUGCAGCAGGAGGGCGGGGGUUGGGAGGCCUCCUGUAUUUAUUUCUUUCCUGGCGCUAAGCGAGACGUCGGGAAUAGAGGGGUCAGUACAGCAUUCGCCGUAAAGGCCCUUGAGGACUGGUCUGGGUGGUGA